GCAGAGAUGAACCUGGAUGAAGACAGUGGUGUGUCCGUCAGUUGCGGCAAUGGCAAGCUGAGACAGUGGCUGAUAGAACAGAUUGACAGCGGGCGAUAUCCUGGCCUGGUUUGGGAGAAUGAUGAGAAAACCAUCUUCAGGAUUCCUUGGAAACAUGCGGGAAAGCAAGACUACAACAGAGAAGAGGAUGCUGCCCUCUUCAAGGCAUGGGCAAUGUUUAAAGGAAAACAUAAAGAAGGUGUAGACAAACCAGACCCCCCCACAUGGAAAACCAGAUUACGCUGCGCCCUCAAUAAAAGCAACGACUUUGAUGAAAUCGUGGAAAGAAGCCAGCUGGACAUCUCAGAACCAUACAAAGUUUACAGAAUCAUCCCAGAGGGAACCAAAAAGGGGAUGAAGACGAGUCGUUUGGAAGAGACACCCUCACACGUUAAUGCACUUGGCUACAUUCCUCAUUUUGCAUCACUGCACAACCAGGUGCCCAGCUUUAUGGUUUCUCAGGAGAGAAGAGACUGGAGUGAUUACCAUGUCACGCCAGAACAACAGUCUUUGUCUAACUCACGUCCCCAUGGGCAACAUGCAGAGCUGCAGUACGGACAGUGCCACUACCAACCAUCAAUCGGGCGGGUUUGGCCCAGUUCACACACAGAAAAUGGUUUUCAGCUCUCAUUCCACACCUACUUUUCCGACUCCCAACCACCCAUGUAUGCAAUUGACCACAACAACACAAUACCAGAUUUCAGCCUGCAUGUGUCCCUAUACUACAGAGAAUCCCUAGUGAAAGAAGUUACUAUCACCAACCCAGAAGGUUGCCGGAUCACCUCCUCCUCUGCAUCCUCUCCAUCCUCCUCCUCCUCCUCAUCUUCUCCUUGUUCAGAGGACAAGUUUCACAGUGGUGCAGAAAUUGUUCUUUUUCCAGCACCAUACCCUGAGUCCCAAAGACAGGGGGCUGAGAUGCUUCCCAACAUACUGGAGAAAGGGGUGCUUCUGUGGAUGACAGCUGACGGGCUGUACGCUAAACGCUUGUGUCAAGGACGAGUAUACUGGGAAGGACCUCUGUCUCCACACCUGGACAAACCCAACAAGCUGGAGAAGGAUCAGCCAUGUAAACUGUUUGACACCCAUCAGUUCCUUAUUGAGGUUCAAGAUUUUGCCCAUAAUGGCCGUCAUCUACCACGACACCAGGUGGUUCUGUGUUUUGGAGAUGAAUACCCCGAUCCGCAACGUUCCAGGAAAUUAAUCACAGCACAGGUGGAGCCUGUUUUUGCCAAGAAGUUGGUGUAUUAUUAUCAGCAGAACUCAGGUCACUACCUGCGGGCCUAUGAUCACAUCCAGGAACAGAACGCCACUCCAUCAAUAGACUAUGCCUCCCAGAGACCUCUGCAACAUAUUCAGGAGUGA